UUAUUUUAUAUUUUUUUUGACAAAAACUUUUCGAAAAUGACGGAUAUUUUAGAAAAUUCAUUAUCGAAAAUUGAUAAUUCUAUAGCGUUUAUUAAUAAGGAGAAUUCGAUUAUUGAGAAUUAUGAAAAAUCAACAGAUGGAGAGGAAAAAACAAGUCAAUACGAAACUGAAUUAAAAUUAAAUAAAAGUGAUAAAUCUUUAAAGGAAUCAGCAUCAGUGGACGAGUGGUAUAGAAUUUGUCAAACAAUAUUAUUUAUAACAACUGUUUUGGUUCUCAGUUGUCAUGGCUUUCAUUAUGGUCGUAGAGAAUAUAAUUUACAGGAGAAUGGAAGAUCAACAAAUGGUUUUUUAGCUGCUCACAAAAAAGUUGUUACCAUCAUUUUGGGUUAUACAAUUCCAUAUUCUAUUAUUUCCACCAUCGCUGCUCUUAUGCUCACAUUUUCCUUGAUUUCAAAGAGGCCUCAUUGGAGUUUACCUUCGAUAAUUAUUUCCAUGUCAGACCUCGUCUGCGACGUGGGUGAUGCUUCGAUGGCUACAUGGCUCUUUUUUACAAAUCUUCCAUUUUCAACUGCACUUUUUUAUUCCACCUGUACAAUCUCCAUAAUUUUAGGAGAAUUAUGGGUUUGGCUUGGAGUUUUGCGACUUUACGAAUCUAGAGCAUUCAAGUAAAAAAAAGAAGGUUUCCGAAGACAGAAAAUAAUAAUUUUUUAAUCGAUUUUU